AUGAGCCAGACGGAGCUGUCCACCUGCCCGCCGCCGCAGGCGCCUCCGCCGCAGCCUGCUCCGGGCCAGCGCGUCUUCCAGGAGGCGGUGCGCAAGGGCAACACGCAGGAGCUGCAGUCGCUGCUGCAGGGCAUGAGCAGCUGCGAGUUCAACGUGAACUCCUUCGGGCCCGAGGGCCAGACGGCGCUGCACCAGUCGGUCAUCGACGGCAACCUGGAGCUGGUCAAGCUGCUGGUCAAGUUCGGCGCCGACAUCCGCCUGGCCAACCGCGACGGCUGGAGCGCCCUCCACAUCGCCGCCUUCGGGGGCCACCAGGACAUCGUCCUCUACCUGAUCACCAAGGCCAAGUACUCCGCCGGCAGCCGGUGA